AUGGAUAGUGAAGAAUUCCAGCAGAAAAUUGACGAACAAAUCAGAAAUCAAAGAGAUGAAGGAGGAAAAGCAGAAGGAGAGACGUCAGAUCCCAAGGGAAAACUCACAGAGAAGGCACCAGAAGAGACGACUCAAAUGACGACUUCAAAGAGGCAGACUAGAGGAGCAACCAAGCAGACGAGUAGCGGCCAGAGUGGAGGCGACGCUUCGAAUACAGGUAAAGCAAAAACCCUUAAAAUCAAGAUACCUAAACCCCCUCCGGCACCUCAAGGAAACGCACUUUCAGAACAGAAUCCGAGUCAGACGGAAAUGGGUCCCCCUGGAGGAAGCCAGCUGCAACCCCCGACCGGUAGCCAGAUAUCCCAGCAACUGGAUAAUCGCCAGGGAACAGGCGACGAGAACCAGACCCCGAAGAACGCCAACGGUCAUCGAGGGGGGAAUGAGAAUCAUCCGGCGGGAGACGCAGAUGGAGACCUGGAUCGGAUCCAAGAGCGACAUCGGAACCCGGAUCACGAGAGGGAACGACAAGGCCAUCAAACCGGAGACGCUGCCCGGAGAGAGGUCCAACAGAACCAUGCUCACCAUGGGAGGGUAGUCCGAGGCAUAGUACUACAGGACCUAGAUACAGAUUCGGAAGAAGGCGACCAAGACCUAGCCAGACGAGAACCUGCGGUAGAGCCUCCCGCGCCUGUAGACACGAUUGGAACCAGAAACUCCAGAAUCGAGAGAAGAGCGGAGAGAAUAACUUCUCAAAGGGGCGAUGAUGCCUUCUUAGACAACCCGUACGCCUUCACGGGGAAGAAGAAGAACAUCGACCCGAUCAAUGGUUCAAACUGGGAGGGAAGGAAGGGGACCUGGGACGAACCUACCAAGGUGGAUGUCAAGGAAGACCGAAAAGAUGCCAGAGGUAGUCAGUCCGCGCGCUCGACUCUGUGGGCAACAAACAAUUACGAGUCUCACCUCGCAGAAACCGGUAUCACGACAACCCCCAACACCUACAACAACAACCCAAGCACCAGUACCUCAAACGGGCAAAACUCGGGAGGCCAACCUUUCCAAGGAGGCAGGAACCAAAACAGAAGACCCCAGGCCAAUUUCAAUCGGGGAGGCCGAGGAAGAUGGAGGGGUGCCAAUGACAAUGGCAGUAACGGAGGUUACGGGAACCCUCCCGGUGCAUCCUACCCGAAUGCGAUAGCGAGCGGAAGCAGGUGGCAGAAUCAGGCCCCUAGGGCGGGAGGUGAAAAGACCUCAAGCGCGGCAGGAGGAAACGUGGCCGAGAAGUGA